UGGCAAAAUUUCUUUUGAGUCCCUAAGGAAAGCCCCUUCUUAUCUCUUCACAGCGCAACACACUCACAACACAAUACACUUCACAAAUCACCGAAAGGGCAAUAUCUCUUUGUUUUGUUUUUUUCUGUCAACCCUAAAAGGUAUUAAAAUGAAAGGAGGUAAAUCAAAGGGCAAAGCUGAUAACAAGCUCGGAGUGAAGAAGAGUGCUCCCCAGACAAAAAAGGAGAAGAAUGCUGCCAAGGACCCAAACAAGCCUAAGAGGCCAGCAAGUGCUUUCUUCGUCUUCAUGGAGGACUUCAGGAAGCAGUACAAGGAAAAACAUCCAGGCAACAAAUCUGUCGCCGCUGUUGGUAAAGCUGGUGGAGACAAAUGGAAACACUUGACUGACGCUGAGAAAGCACCUUAUAUUGCAAAGGCUGAGAAAAGGAAGGCCGAGUACGAAAAGAACAUGGAUGCUUAUAACAGGAAACAGGCUGGUGAGGCCGAGGAAGAAGAGGAAUCUGACAAGUCAAAGUCUGAGGUUGACGAGGAAGACGGAAGUGAUGAGGAAGAGGAGGAUGAUGACUGAAGGAAGUCCUAAUGAAGGGGAAGCUGUGUAAUAUCUUAGAUAUUUCUAUAUAUGACUUUACUUUUCCCCGUUAAAUACUUGCUCCUUUUUGUGUUUAUUUUUUUGGGGUUUCUUAGGUAUGGAAAAAAAAAGAUGAAUUAGAGGAGAGCUACCUUUAAAGCUCAUCAAUGGCUUAUGUACUUUUUAUUCUGAUGCUGGUGUUGCUUAAUGAUAAUUCAGCUUUUUAGGCAA